GGUUGGGGCGCGUGAGCCCGGGGAUAAAAGAGGCGUAAGCGUCACGGAGGUCGGAGCAAAGCGAUAUCUUGGCGUCGAUUUCGUGCCAGCGUCGGCAAGGGGAGGCGAAGAAGGCGGCUAUCAGCGGGCGGCGAUGAACUCCUCGUCGUCGUCUUCGAUGGGGGGCGAGGGCAGACAUGACGACGACUCCGGCCUCACCGAGUUCCUCUCCUCCCUCAUGGACUACACCCCCACGAUACCGGACGAGCUUGUGGAGCAUUACCUUGGCAAGAGCGGCUUCCACUGCCCUGACUUGCGGCUAACCAGGCUGGUAUCUGUCGCAACGCAAAAGUUUAUGUUGGAGGUUGCAAAUGAUGCUCUUCAGCAUUGCAAGGCCAGGCAAGCAGCGCCAGUUAAGGAUAAGAGCAAGCAGCCAAAGGAUAAGAGGCUUGUCUUAGCAAUGGAGGAUCUUUCAAAAUCCCUCCAAGAGUAUGGAGUGAACUUGAAACACCAAGAAUACUUCGCCGACAACCCUUCCACCGGAAUGGACCCUACAUCAAGGGAGGAAUAGAUGAAUUUGCAUGCCUUGACUUUCUUUCUAGUGCCCUCGCUCGAAGCCUUUUAUGCUAUUAGGAGGUUGAAGCUUUGCUUGGUGAUUUCUUUCAUCAUAAUCUGUCUCAGUUGGAACCACAAUUAGAUGCUCCGUCAAUAUUUUUAACUGCUGUUCUUGAUCCUUUUGGCACAUAGACCGAGUUAUUUAUUUUCAUGUAAACAUGCUGCAUUAUUGUGAAUCUCAGCAAGCUUUAUUGUUUUGCA